AUGGCAGACAAAAUCAGAUAUCAUUUGGAACAGUCAGUUCCUGAACUAGAAGACCUCAAGGAGAAAGGCUUGUUUGAUAAACAUGAAAUCACCAUGAUCAUGAGAAAGAGAACCGAUUUCGAGCAUCGAAUCACCGGCAGAGGCAGCACACCAAGGGAUUUUCUCAGAUACAGUGAAUAUGAAAACAAUUUGGAAAAAUUGAGAAAGAAAAGGUUUGCAAGGUUAAGUAAAGUCGGCUUAGUGGAUACAAAGCCAAGUAUCAGUGAUUGGGCCGGUGUGCGUAGAGUCAUGUUUAUCUUGGAUCGAGCCACGAAGCGAUAUCCCGGUGAUAUGGAUCUAUGGUCAACCUAUCUCCAGUUUGCUAAAAGCAACGAUGCCAUCAAGACGGUCUACAAGAUAUACUCUAGAUUAUUACAGUUGCAGCCUAGAAAUAUCGAUGCGUGGUUAUCAGCUGCGAAAUAUGAGUUUGAAGUGAAUGGCAACGCCAAGGGCACGAGACUCUUGUUCCAGCGCGGGUUGAGACUUAACCCUGAAUCAUUGACUUUAUGGUUGAGCUAUGCCCAGUUUGAGUUGACCUAUAUAUCGAAAUUACUUGCUCGAAGGAAAGUCUUGGGUUUGCUAACUGAACAACAACAGAGGGAAGAUGAAAAGGACAAAGACCCAGAGAGCAUGAUUAUCUUGGACGAAGUCAAGAGCAACCUUCCCGAGGCCGACAUGAACAUGUUGGGCAAUCCGGAAACUAAUUCGGCUUUGAAAGGGGAUGUCAUGUUGGCGAUAUUUGACAUUUGCGUGCAAACUUUGAAAACAAAAAACGCUAUAGAAGUUGCUGAAAAGAUGUUGGAUAUCGUUGACAAAUUUGAGGAUUUAAACAGAGAUUAUCUUUACCAACACAUCAUUCUGUACCUUCAAAGAGAACAUCCCGAUGAUACCAAGGCCAAAUUCCUUGACAUCACCUUACCGAUUAGAACAUCUCGCGAUUCCAACUCCUUACAAUUGUCGGUCAACAAAUUCCUCGCAUACAAACACAAGUCCAGCGACAAGAACUUGACAAACAUGUUUACGGACUACAUCAGUGACAAAUUUUUGGGCCAAUCUGCAAAAGUGGAUGAUUUAUUGAAAGCUAUAAUUAAUAAAUGUCGAGCCUAG